AUGUAUUUACUUUUGUUUUUGUUUCAGGGUUCUGUUGAAAAAUCCUCAGGCAGUAAGAGUUUUGAUUUUGGCCCUUCUGAUGGUUCUUUUGCAAUGAAAGUUCAAAGAACUAUUUGCCCUCACUUUGGAUCUCAGAUUGCUCUUGAAGUCAUUGAGCUUGUUCAGACUAGAAACCAAGAUAAACCUAAGAUAUUCAUUGAUUGGGCAGAGUCUCUUGUUUUAAAUGUUCUGGAAUGUGUGUUGAAUUCAUCUAUGCCCAAAGUGUCUGGAAGCGAGCAUCAGUCUAUGAGCAAAUUCUCUUUUGGUAACAAGUCUGUCUCAUUUCAUUCUGCUAUCGCCAAUGGUGUCUUUGCUAAAUCUGAUGGUAUUCCAGAGGUUGCUAUAUCUGAUGCUAUUCCGGAGGUUGCUAAAUCUGAUGUUGCCCCAGAGGUUCCUACGUCUGAUGGUAUUCCAGAGGUUGCUACAUCUGAUGGUAUUCCAGAGGUUGUUGUACAGCAAGAGAGUCGUCAUGCGGUCACUCCAGAUGUCGUUACUCCCAUUGUACCUCCUGCUGUUAUCUUUGGUGGUUUACAUAAUCCAGUUGUUCUAUCUAGCUCUUCAACACCUGCUAAAGUGCGUAAUGAGGUGUGCAUAUUCUUAUUUCUUAGGAUGCUUUCUUUCUAGUUUUUUUCCUUGUCGUAGCUCUUUCAUUUUUUUUGUUUGAUUUGUAGGCUGUUGCAAAAG